UUACGUGUUGUCUCCUUCGGGGGUUGCUCGGAUAUCCGAAGUUCGAGCUGAUCCGUGGGAUUCCGCCUCCUCUGUUGAAGCUGUUCCUGUGAAGGUUGUGCUUCCUGAGUUGAAGACAACUUCGGACCCGGAUCAACGCAAAAGGAAGGGUAGCACUCUUUUGAGGCCUUCCACGCAUCCGAAGAAAGCGAAGGCUUCUCAGCCCUCGGAGAAGGAAGCGGUUUCGGAAGUUAUGCCUCCUCCUAAGAAUCUUCUUCACUUCAUGCCCUUGCCGGGGCAGAAGUUAAAGAGUGUGGUGGUUGCUGAACCGCCGCCCGUGGAUCAGCCGCUGAUCGAGGAAGAUAUCAUCCCCUCUCCCCUGAAACCAUCUGCUGCUUCGGGGAUCGAAAUCCAGGAUAUCACCGAGGUGAUGGAGGCGAUUGAAGCCGAUUUUGUUCCUGGUUUGGUUGUCCCUGAGGUAGCUGAGGAGAAGGAGUCUGCUGAUCUUCCCUUCGAGAGAGAGAAGAGUCCAGACAAGGAGAUGAUAGAUCUCUCGGGCCCCGAAGCUGCGGUCCCCGAGGUUCAGAAGGAGGUUCCCUCUGCUGGAGAGGAGGAGCAGCCCGAGCAAGGUUUGACGAGGAAGAGGCGCCACUCAACUCUGGGCUCUACUUCUACCUCGGCCCUGGAUAGGCUGAUCCAUGCUGAUCCCUGUUCGGAUGUUCCGCUAAAACGGAUCCCCGAAGAAGUAAGGGAGGCGAUGGCUCGAUAUGCUAGGGCUCCGAUUUUGGGAGAGGACCCCUUGGCCCACGUGGGAUCCUUGGUGGGCCCCGAGGCUGCUCGGGAGAAUCUGCUUCGUGCUAACCCGCAGUGGAGGGUUCCUGGGGCCGAAGAGAGGAAUCCGGCUAUGAUGGCCCAGUACUAUCUGAACGAGGCUGUUUUCUGGUCUUCGUUCGCUUCCGAGUGUAGCUCGGUUGAGGAGAAACAACUGAGGAAAUAUCGUGAGGCUUAUGCUCGUGAUAUUCCCAUUUUGGACCAGAAGGCUGGGCAACUCCUCUCCGAGCUUACGGAACUCAAGCAGCUGUACCUUCAUUAUAGUCGCGAGGCUAGAGAGUCUGCUGAGAAGAUCGGGACCGAGGUUGGCCAGCUCAUCUUCCGAGUUGAAGAGGAUGCUGAGAAGAUCGCUUCCUUUGCUGAGGAAAAGAAGGAUAUGGCCGCUAAGUUCGCUAGCGAACUUGAGGAAAAAGAUAGACUCUUCCAGGAGAUGAAGUCUAAAUUUGAAGCGGCCGACAAGGAGCAUAAAGAGGCGGAGUUAAGGCUCCACCAUUUUGUCCAGCAUCGGGAGCUGAUCCAGCAGCAAGCUGAUAAGGUGCCUGUCCUUCGGCUGAAGCUUCGGGAAAAGGAUGACUAUAUUCGGAAGCUGGAGCAGGAGCGAGUCAACCUCUACACUGCUGAUCAAGGCUCGGGCCCAGAAGGCCACUUCCGAGGGUGA